GUGAAGUAACCUUUUAGUUUAUAAUAUUUAUAUUUAUCUAUGAUUCCAUGAAGAUAUUGAGAUACUUAAUAUAUGCCUACCUAGUUGAAUAUUGCAUAAAGAACAAUGGUUCACUCAAAUGAAUAUUAUAAUAUAUAUUUCAGAUACUUAUAUAUAUUCUUAUAUAAGCUAUACAGCCUUACAGGAUGAUUCACCAAGCAGGAUCAUAAAAAUUUGUGCUACUUUUUAAUGAAUUUAUUCAAAUUCUGAUGUUUGGAAUUAUUAAAUAAACUAUUUUUUCAAAUUCUUGAGAGUUUUUGUACCCUGUAUUGACUGUCCGAGUGUUCUGGAAGUAUUAUAAACAUCUCUUUUUCAAAAUAAAUGAAUCCCCCUUUUCUAAGGUUAAUUAUUUGGCGGACUAUAGAAUGUUAUCCUCGGCUAAGUUGAGUCUGCUUUACAAAUUAUUUUACAAUUUACAUUAUACCAAACCACGAUUUUUGAAUCAAUUUCAUCGAUUGCAUUAUCUUAUUUUAUACGUUUUUUUCAAUUUCAUAGGUUGGUACAUCGUGCCAAAAUUCAAAAUUUCUUAUCGCAUACUUUGUCUUUGAAAAAAACCGACAAGACUUAUUACAAUAUUUACAAUUACAACUGCAACUACUGUAAAGUGUUUAAUAUUUUAUAUGCCUAUUUAUAUAUUAAGAUUGCUUAUUAAUAGAAUCAAUUAUUCUACUUUUUUCUCCGAGGAAACGGUUAACUGUGUAACGUAUUUUAAAUCUCUAAAAGCAUUAUGAGUUCAGAAUUGGAAAAAGUAACCGAAGACAUUGAUAUAGCAGUUGAUUUACUUGAUUUACUGAAAUCUAGAUAUUUCUUCUUGCGUGCUAAAUAUGAUAUUGACCUUAACUCUCAAACCGCAUAUCCGUCUAAAGAUAUUCAAACAGAAUAUCAAUAUGCAUCCAAUGAUCUUCAAUCUUUUAUCAUGCUGGAACUUCACCUUUUAGAAUAUGCAUGUACUUAUGGUAUUUAUUCCAUGAACAUGUAUGCAACUCGUCUAAAAACCAAUUUAAAUUACAAUGACAAAGACCAUUAUUUUUUAAAACUUCUUAAAGAUCACUUACGGAGCUUAAUCGAAACUAAUAAAGAUAUAAGAAAUAUUUCUGUGAAUCCUUAUAAUAGCUUUAUUUCAUACGUAAAUUCAUUCAAGGUAUAUGCGAAUGUUUUGAAUAGUGUUGAUGUAUCAAACAUCACUCUACUAAAUGAAACCCAUACCAACAAGAGAAAGAAUAAGCUGAUGAAGAAAAUUUCUAAAAUCAAUCUUAUGGCAAAUAUUAUUACACUAUUUGUAUCUGACCAUAUUACAGACUAUAGAACUGAAGAUGGACGGGCAGCUUUAAAUAUUUGUUUAAAAUAUAGAACUACUAGAAGCAUAGAAUAUUAUACAAAAAAAUGUAAUUUAAAUUAAUAAGAACAUUUUACUAGUUUUAGUUUAUAUAUAAUAUAAAGUGUAAUUGUUAUGUGUUAGGUAAAAAUCCACAAGAAGAAACAAAUUUUUUUUUUUUGAAUUUUACAUAUCUAUUUUAUUUAAUUGAAGUUAGUCAUAUUCUUAACAUUUAAUAACAUAAUAAAUAUUAUCAUUAGCUACCUAAUAAUUUUAGUUUUAUUAUAAACUGUACAAUAUACUGAAAUUACAAUGAAAUGUAAGUAAACUUAGAAAACUGUAAUAUAACUUAGUUUUUAAACUCAUACUAAUUUUAUGCUUAUUGAUUAACCGUGUACAAAAAUAGCAAGUUUUUUUUCAAAUUAAAUUAUUUAAUUUUAAAAGUGUAUGUGCUCAAUAAUACAUAGUAAUGAUAUGUUUUCAAAUUAGUAUAUAACUUUGUUAAUUAUAAAUUAUAAAUUUAUUUUUAUUUUUUUAUACUCCAGGUUUUGAUAAAACCUAGAAAAUAAUGUUUUUAAUUUAAAUGUAUAAGGAAUGUAUUGUGGAUUUUGGUACCCCUAGCCAUCCAAAAAACACAUCUUUCAAAGUAUUAAGCUUUUCAUUUCAAUAUAUAUGCGGAUUUUUUUAAUAUUUUAGAUUAAAUUAAUUUUACUAUGUAUAGACCGUUUUUAGUUUUUAAUACAUAAACCCAAAUUUGAUUAAA